GAACGCCACAAUUCUAACUACCUCAUGUGAGCAGUCCACAGUACCACGCGUGUGGAGGAGAGAUACCGGUCGGGAAGGCAACGUCAUCCCUCGGCCUAACGAGUCGACGGAGCGCGCAGACAUAGCGGAGCGGCGCUGUCCUUGUCAGGUGGAAAAGCAAUUACAACAGAAAGAUGGCGGACGACCCCAGCGCGGCGGACAGGAACGUGGAGAUUUGGAAAAUCAAGAAGCUGAUUAAAAGUUUGGAAGCUGCCCGAGGCAAUGGCACCAGUAUGAUCUCACUGAUCAUCCCUCCUAAGGACCAGAUUUCCAGAGUGGCCAAAAUGUUGGCGGAUGAGUUUGGCACCGCUUCCAACAUCAAGAGUAGAGUCAACAGGCUCUCUGUACUUGGGGCCAUCACCUCUGUACAACAAAGACUAAAAUUAUACAAUAAGGUGCCACCCAAUGGCUUGGUUGUGUACUGUGGCACAAUAGUGACUGAAGAAGGCAAGGAGAAAAAAGUAAAUAUCGACUUCGAACCAUUUAAGCCAAUCAACACCUCACUUUAUCUCUGUGAUAACAAGUUCCAUACAGAGGCAUUGACAGCCCUCCUCUCUGACGACAGUAAGUUUGGCUUUAUUGUGAUUGACGGUAGUGGGGCGCUCUUUGGCACACUGCAAGGGAACACCAGGGAGGUGCUGCACAAGUUCACAGUGGACCUACCUAAGAAGCACGGCAGAGGUGGACAGUCUGCUCUCCGUUUUGCUCGUCUGAGGAUGGAGAAGAGACACAACUAUGUGAGGAAAGUGGCUGAGACGGCUGUACAGCUGUUUGUGUCGAACGACAAAGUAAACGUGGCAGGAAUGGUUUUGGCUGGUUCUGCUGACUUCAAGACUGAACUCAGUCAGUCCGACAUGUUUGAUCCAAGGUUACAGGCGAAGGUCCUGAAACUGGUGGACAUCUCCUAUGGCGGAGAAAAUGGUUUUAACCAGGCAAUUGAACUGUCUGCAGAGGUCCUUUCCAACGUCAAAUUCAUCCAGGAAAAGAAACUCAUAGGUCGGUAUUUUGAUGAGAUCAGCCAGGACACUGGCAAAUACUGCUUUGGUGUAGAGGACACGCUCAAAGCCCUUGAAAUGGGAGCUGUGGAAAUCCUCAUAGUUUAUGAGAACUUGGACACUAUGCGCUACAUCCUACGCGUUCACGGAGCAGAGAGCAAUGGAGCAGAAAAUGAUGAAAAGACUCUGUACUUGACACCUGAACAAGAGAAAGACAAGUCUCACUUCACAGACAAAGAGACAGGACAAGAACACGAGCUGAUUGAAAGUAUGCCUUUGUUAGAGUGGUUUGCUAACAGCUACAAAAAAUUUGGAGCCACGCUGGAAAUCGUCACAGACAAAAGCCAGGAGGGAUCCCAGUUUGUCAAGGGCUUUGGAGGCAUUGGAGGUAUCUUGCGGUACAGGGUGGAUUUCCAGGGCAUGGAGUACCAAGGAGAGGAUGAUGAAUUCUUCGAUUUGGAUGACUACUAGGUAGUCUGGGACUAAUUUGAAAGUAUAAAGCAAAGCAGAAGAUUGAAUGAUGAAGUAACAAGGAAAGAAAAUGACACCCUCUCUUGCAGCAAGUGAGGAAUGCAACUCUGUUGGCCAUUUACAACAGACACAACUUCCAGUUAUCCUGUUGCAUACAUAAACUUGCACAUACAUUUCAUCUCUUCACACAAUGAAAUAAAUCACACAGGUUCAAGAGGAGUGACAAUUUCUUUUUAUCCGGAGAGGGAGAAGGCCCUUCUGAUAAAUCCCUGCCUUAGAGUGCUGGUUCCUUCCCCAUGUUGGAUUGGACUUGACUCAUUUUGUGGUUUCCUUCCAUUCUGAACCAACACAACAGCAGCUUCCCUGAUUCCUCGCUGCCUGAUCAAGAAAAAAAGUUUAUUUAGCCCUUCAUAUCAAGAAAAUUGUAUUUUCCUUUCCUGCACCAACCUCCCCCCUCUCUCUCUCUCUCUCUCUCGUCUUUCCUUUCACCUAUGCUAUAUUUUAUUUUAUUUUUUUUUUCUUUCUUUUGCAUUUCAUUUUUUUACUGGUAACUGCUGUUGUAUUUUAUGAGAGUGGGGGAUUUUUUUACCUGGGUUUCCGUAGAGAAAGGGGGACAAAGUAUUAAAUUUGAACUGCUGAAAA